AUGUCGCAAUCAGCGACACUUAUUCGAGUAGCUAAACAUACUCUUGAUGGAACUACUAUUUAUCCUCAUAAUGGACAAAAUACGAUUUAUUAUCAACCUAUUGAUUUAUCAUCAACACCAUUGAAUUCAACUUCAACAACAAAAUAUUUAGCCUAUACUACACAACGACCUCAUGAUCAUCUCGUUUCACUGGCAAGUCAUCAUAUACGAAUCAUUGUUCGCAUUUGUAUUUGUAUUUCAUUUGUUGUCAGUCGUCGUUGA